GAGCGCGUGCGAGCCUGUGUGCGCGCUGUCACAGACUGAGAGAGCGAGACACAAAAUCAAGAUUUUGGUUCCCAGAGGGUGCUAUGGCAACCUUCCAGGAGUUCAUCCAGCAGAACGAGGACAGGGAUGGUGUCCGUUUUAGUUGGAACGUUUGGCCAUCCAGUCGUCUGGAAGCCACGCGCAUGGUGGUUCCAGUGGCCUCGCUGUUCACCCCCCUAAAAGAGCGUCCGGAUCUUCCCCCGAUUCAAUACGAGCCUGUGCUGUGUAGUCGGGCCACGUGCCGAGCUGUUCUCAAUCCUCUGUGUCAAGUGGAUUACAGAGCAAAACUGUGGGCAUGCAACUUCUGUUAUCAGAGAAAUCAGUUUCCACCAACUUAUGCUGGGAUAUCGGAGGUGAACCAGCCUGCUGAGUUGCUUCCACAAUUUUCCACAAUUGAAUAUGUUGUCCAGCGUGGUCCACAGAUGCCCCUUAACUUCCUGUAUGUGGUGGACACAUGUGUGGAAGAUGAGGAUCUACAGGCCCUGAAGGAGUCUCUUCAGAUGUCUCUCAGCCUGCUUCCUCCCACUGCCCUGGUGGGCCUAAUUACAUUUGGACGCAUGGUCCAAGUUCAUGAGCUGGGCUGUGAAGGCAUCUCUAAAAGCUACGUCUUUAGGGGCACCAAAGAUCUCAGCGCUAAGCAGCUGCAGGAGAUGCUUGGGUUGACAAAACCAACUGCAGCACAGGCAGGCCGAGGGCCACAGCAGCCUCAAGCUCCUCCUUCAAACAGGUUCCUUCAGCCUGUACAGAAGAUAGAUAUGAAUCUGACAGAUUUACUGGGAGAGCUGCAAAAAGACCCCUGGCCUGUCACUCAAGGCAAAAGACCUCUGAGGUCACUCGGAGUGGCUCUUUCCAUUGCAGUUGGAUUAUUGGAGUGCACUUUCCCUAACACCGGUGCUCGCAUCAUGGCUUUCAUUGGGGGUCCAGCCACGCAGGGUCCAGGCAUGGUGGUAGGAGAUGAACUGAAAACACCUAUUAGAUCCUGGCACGACAUCGAGAAAGACAAUGCCAAGUUCAUGAAGAAAGCCACUAAACACUAUGAAGCCUUGGCCAACCGAGCUGCUGCCAAUGGACACAUCAUUGAUAUUUAUGCAUGCGCCCUAGACCAGACAGGAUUACUAGAAAUGAAGUGCUGCACCAACUACACAGGGGGUUAUAUGGUGAUGGCAGACUCUUUCAACACAUCCCUGUUUAAGCAAACUUUCCAGAGAGUUUUCACCAAGGAUGUGCAAGCCGCCUUUAAAAUGGCAUUGGCAGGGACUCUGGAGAUUAAGACUUCAAGAGAGAUUAAGAUUUCUGGAGCAAUCGGCCCUUGUGUCUCACUGAAUGCUAAAGGUCCUUGUGUGUCAGAAAAUGAAAUUGGAACGGGAGGCACAAGUCAGUGGAAGAUUUGUGGACUGGACCCAAAUACUACUCUUGCAUUCUACUUUGAGGUUGUGAAUCAGCACAACGCUCCCAUCCCACAGGGUGGCCGUGGAGCCAUACAGUACGUAACACAAUAUCAGCACUCUAGUGGGCAAAGACGCAUCAGAGUAACCACAAUUGCAAGGAACUGGGCUGAUGCUCAAACUCAGAUACAGAGCAUCGCUGCGUCUUUUGACCAGGAGGCCUCUGCUAUCCUAAUGGCCCGUCUGGCCAUCUACAGGGCUGAGACGGAGGAGGGGCCAGAUGUUUUGCGGUGGCUUGACCGACAGCUCAUCCGCUUGUGCCAGAAAUUUGGUGAUUAUCAUAAGGAUGAUCCCAAUUCGUUCCGUUUCUCCGAGACGUUCUCGUUGUAUCCUCAGUUCAUGUUCCAUCUGAGAAGAUCUCCAUUCCUGCAAGUGUUCAACAACAGUCCUGAUGAAAGCACCUACUACAGACACCAGUUCAUGAGGCAGGACCUGACACAGUCUCUCAUAAUGAUACAGCCCAUCCUGUAUGCAUACUCAUUCAGUGGCCCACCAGAGCCUGUGUUGUUGGACAGCAGCAGUAUAUUGCCCGACCGUAUCCUCCUCAUGGACACUUUCUUCCAGAUUCUGAUCUACCACGGAGAGACGGUGUCUCAGUGGCGUAAAGCAGGAUACCAGGACAUGCCCGAAUAUGAGAACUUCCGCCAUCUGCUGCAGGCUCCAGUGGACGAUGCCCAAGAGAUUCUACAAUCCCGUUUCCCCAUGCCACGCUAUAUAGACACAGAGCAUGGAGGCAGCCAGGCCCGUUUCCUCCUCUCCAAAGUGAAUCCAUCUCAGACACAUAACAACAUGUAUGCAUGGGGGCAGGAGUCUGGCGCACCCAUUCUGACAGACGACGUGAGUCUUCAGGUCUUCAUGGAUCAUUUGAAAAAGCUGGCAGUGUCCAGCGCUGCCUAAGAGUCCUGAGACUCCACUCAUCAGUCACAUUGUCCCUCUUCUAAAGCCCAGAAACACAAAUCCAGUGAAGUCACAUAAGCCCGGUCCUCCGUUUUCCCCAUUUAUAUUGUGCAUAUAUAGAUCCCAGGUCUUUUAAAAAGAUAGUCCAGUUGAUCGCAAAGUUAAAUUUCAUUCUUUAAUAAUAUAUUAUGAAAAUAAAAAAGGCAAACGCCACACCCUCAUUAACACUAAAUGUUGAAUAUGCAUCAGGAUGAGACAUUGGUUACUGUUUUAAUCAAAAUAAAUAUAUUUAGCUAUGUAAUUGUUGUGGCCACAUAUUUAAAGGAAUAGUACACCUACUAACAGAAAUUCUGUCAUUAUUUACUCACAAUCAUGUCGUUCCAAACUUGUAUGCUGUUAUUUUUUCUGUGGAUUUUUGAAGAAUCGUUAUGCACCUGCCAUGCAACAACAGUUCAUAGCGGCCUGGGCCUGUCAAUUUCCGAAAACCCACCAAAAAGCACCAUUUACGAUCAUGAAAGUAGUCCACAUGACUCAUAUGCAAUGUUCUGAGUCUCUUGAAGCCAUAUGAUUGGUUUGGGUGAGGAAAAGCAUGAAGUUUAAGUCAUUUUUUCAUUGGUAAUGUUGCCCUCCCCUAGACUGUGUUCAUAUCCAGAAUUAAAAAAUGGCAUGUAGUUGUUUACUUCAUGCUGAAGAUCCAAUAACUUUUUGACGUCGGUGAUGUUGAUGCAGCAUUUUUUAAUCUGGAUACCGAUGCGGACUAGAUGCGAACUUCACUGGUAGUUAAAAUCAUCGGCGAAUAACAACUUGAAUUUCAAUCUGUUCCUCACACAAAGCUAUUGUAUGGCUCUAGAAGACUUGGAAUUUAGUGCACAAGUCUUAUGGAAUACUUUCAUUGUUUUUUGGCCUGUUAUUGAAUGGCAAAAGCUGCUUAAAGAUUCUUAGAAUUUUUUAUUUUUGUGUUGUACGGCCAAAAUAACAGCAUAUGGGUUUGGAACAACAUAAAGGUGAGUAAAUACUGACAGAAUUUUUAAUUUUUUGGGUGAAUUAUCCCUUUAAAUCUGAUGUUUACAUUUAUAAAUCUCUGUGAUGAAACCUCAUGUUGAACGGAAGGAGGAAACUAGGUUUUUCUGUAGCACACCUGCAGCAGACAUUUUUGUUUGCCUUGUCGAGGAAGGUAAAAGCAGUUGCCAUUGUAGCCAAUUACGCAUGAGGGCUUCAACGCUGCCUCUUGCCAACAGCGCAGAACAAAGGCUUAUUUUUAGACCCCAUUCGCAUCUCGUCACCGUUGAUGCUUUCUGAUUCAGCAAUGGGUUGAGAGCCCUAUUCCAAGCACAGACUUGCGGAAUGUGAAAGCUGCCUUUUUUCAUCUGUUGCUCUGAUAUUUAUAAGCCAUUUCUUGCAGUAUUGUAUGUUUUGUUUCUAAUAAAACCCGGCUUGAUCACCCCA